AUGACCAUAACCUGCCGCCGCCUCACGACCGUAACCUGCCGCCGCCUCACGACCGUAACCUGCCGCCGCCUCACGACCGUAACCUGCCGCCGCCUCAUGACCGUAACCUGCCGCCGCCUCACGACCGUAACCUGCCGCCGCCUCAUGACCGUAACCUGCCGCCGCCUCACGACCAUAACCUGCCGCCGCCUCACGACCGUAACCUGCCGCCGCCUCACGACCGUAACCUGCCGCCGCCUCAUGACCGUAACCGGCCGCCGCCUCACGACCCCGCCUCACGACCAUAACCUGCCGCCGCCUCACGACCAUAACCUGCCGCCGCCUCACGACCAUAACCUGCCGCCGCCUCACGACCGUAACCUGCCGCCGCCUCACGACCGUAACCUGCCGCCGCCUCACGACCGUAACCUGCCGCCGCCUCAUGACCGUAACCUGCCGCCGCCUCACGACCGUAACCUGCCGCCGCCUCACGACCAUAACCUGCCGCCGCCUCACGACCAUAACCUGCCGCCGCCUCACGACCGUAACCUGCCGCCGCCUCACGACCAUAACCUGCCGCCGCCUCAUGACCGUAACCUGCCGCCGCCUCACGACCGUAACCUGCCGCCGCCUCGCGACCAUAACCUGCCGCCGCCUCAUGACCGUAACCUGCCGCCGCCUCACGACCGUAACCUGCCGCCGCCUCACGACCAUAACCUGCCGCCGCCUCACGACCAUAACCUGCCGCCGCCUCACGACCGUAACCUGCCGCCGCCUCACGACCGUAACCUGCCGCCGCCUCACGACCGUAACCUGCCGCCGCCUCAUGACCAUAACCUGCAGCCGCCUCACGACCAUAACCUGCAGCCGCCUCAUGACCAUAACCUGCCGCCGCCUCACGACCGUAACCUGCCGCCGCCUCACGACCGUAACCUGCCGCCGCCUCACGACCGUAACCUGCCGCCGCCUCAUGACCGUAACCUGCCGCCGCCUCACGACCGUAACCUGCCGCCGCCUCAUGACCGUAACCUGCCGCCGCCUCACGACCAUAACCUGCCGCCGCCUCACGACCGUAACCUGCCGCCGCCUCACGACCGUAACCUGCCGCCGCCUCAUGACCGUAACCGGCCGCCGCCUCACGACCGUAACCUGCCGCCGCCUCAUGACCAUAACCUGCCGCCGCCUCAUGACCAUAACCUGCAGCCGCCUCACGACCAUAACCUGCCGCCGCCUCACGACCAUAACCUGCCGCCGCCUCACGACCAUAACCUGCCGCCGCCUCACGACCGUAACCUGCCGCCGCCUCACGACCGUAACCUGCCGCCGCCUCACGACCGUAACCUGCCGCCGCCUCAUGACCGUAACCUGCCGCCGCCUCACGACCGUAACCUGCCGCCGCCUCACGACCAUAACCUGCCGCCGCCUCACGACCAUAACCUGCCGCCGCCUCACGACCGUAACCUGCCGCCGCCUCACGACCAUAACCUGCCGCCGCCUCAUGACCGUAACCUGCCGCCGCCUCACGACCGUAACCUGCCGCCGCCUCACGACCAUAACCUGCCGCCGCCUCACGACCAUAACCUGCCGCCGCCUCACGACCGUAACCUGCCGCCGCCUCACGACCGUAACCUGCCGCCGCCUCACGACCGUAACCUGCCGCCGCCUCAUGACCAUAACCUGCAGCCGCCUCACGACCAUAACCUGCAGCCGCCUCAUGACCAUAACCUGCCGCCGCCUCACGACCGUAACCUGCCGCCGCCUCACGACCGUAACCUGCCGCCGCCUCACGACCGUAACCUGCCGCCGCCUCAUGACCGUAACCUGCCGCCGCCUCACGACCGUAACCUGCCGCCGCCUCAUGACCAUAACCUGCCGCCGCCUCAUGACCAUAACCUGCAGCCGCCUCACGACCAUAACCUGCCGCCGCCUCACGACAAUAACCUGCCGCCGCCUCACGACCAUAACCUGCCGCCGCCUCACGACCGUAACCUGCCGCCGCCUCACGCCGUAACCUGCCGCCGCCUCACGACCGUAACCUGCCGCCGCCUCAUGACCGUAACCUGCCGCCGCCUCACGACCGUAACCUGCCGCCGCCUCACGACCAUAACCUGCCGCCGCCUCACGACCAUAACCUGCCGCCGCCUCACGACCGUAACCUGCCGCCGCCUCACGACCCCGCCUCAUGACCAUAACCUGCAGCCGCCUCACGACCAUAACCUGCCGCCGCCUCACGACCAUAACCUGCCGCCGCCACACGACCGUAACCUGCCGCCGCCUCACGACCGUAACCUGCCGACGCCUCACGACCGUAACCUGCAGCCGCCUCACGACCAUAACCUGCAGCCGCCUCACGACCAUAACCUGCCGCCGCCUCACGACCAUAACCUGCCGCCGCCACACGACCGUAACCUGCCGCCGCCACACGACCGUAACCUGCCGCCGCCACACGACCGUAACCUGCAGCCGCCUCACGACCAUAACCUGCCGCCGCCUCACGACCGUAACCUGCCGCCGCCUCACGACCGUAACCUGCCGCCGCCUCAUGACCGUAACCUGCCGCCGCCUCACGACCGUAACCUGCCGCCGCCUCAUGACCAUAACCUGCAGCCGCCUCACGACCAUAACCUGCCGCCGCCUCACGACCAUAACCUGCCGCCGCCUCACGACCAUAACCUGCCGCCGCCUCACGACCGUAACCUGCCGCCGCCUCACGACCGUAACCUGCCGACGCCUCACGACCGUAACCUGCCGCCGCCUCAUGACCAUAACCUGCAGCCGCCUCAUGACCAUAACCUGCAGCCGCCUCACGACCAUAACCUGCCGCCGCCUCACGACCAUAACCUGCCGCCGCCUCACGACCAUAACCUGCCGCCGCCACACGACCAUAACCUGCCGCCGCCUCAUGACCGUAACCUGCCGCCGCCUCACGACCGUAACCUGCCGCCGCCUCACGACCAUAACCUGCCGACGCCUCACGACCGUAACCUGCCGCCGCCUCACGACCAUAACCUGCCGACGCCUCACGACCGUAACCUCCCGCCGCCUCAUGACCAUAACCUGCCGACGCCUCACGACCGUAACCUGCCGCCGCCUCACGACCAUAACCUGCCGCCGCCUCACGACCAUAACCUGCCGACGCCUCACGACCGUAACCUGCCGCCGCCUCACGACCGUAACCUGCCGCCGCCUCACGACCAUAACUGCAGCCGCCUCACGACCAUAACCUGCCGCCGCCUCACGACCAUAACCUGCCGCCGCCUCACGACCAUAACCUGCCGACGCCUCACGACCGUAACCUGCCGCCGCCUCACGACCGUAACCUGCCGCCGCCUCAUGACCAUAACCUGCCGCCGCCUCACGACCCCGCCUCACGACCAUAACCUGCCGACGCCUCACGACCGUAACCUGCCGCCGCCUCACGACCGUAACCUGCCGCCGCCUCAUGACCAUAACCUGCCGCCGCCUCACGACCAUAACCUGCCGACGCCUCACGACCGUAACCUGCCGCCGCCUCACGACCGUAACCUGCCGCCGCCUCAUGACCAUAACUGCAGCCGCCUCACGACCAUAACCUGCCGCCGCCUCACGACCAUAACCUGCCGCCGCCUCACGACCAUAACCUGCCGACGCCUCACGACCGUAACCUGCCGCCGCCUCACGACCGUAACCUGCCGCCGCCUCAUGACCAUAACCUGCCGCCGCCUCACGACCCCGCCUCACGACCAUAACCUGCCGACGCCUCACGACCGUAACCUGCCGCCGCCUCACGACCGUAACCUGCCGCCGCCUCACGACCGUAACCUGCUGCCGCCUCACGACCGUAACCUGCCGCCGCCUCAUGACCAUAACCUGCAGCCGCCUCAUGACCAUAACCUGCAGCCGCCUCACGACCAUAACCUGCCGCCGCCUCAUGACCGUAACCUGCCGCCGCCUCACGACCGUAACCUGCCGCCGCCUCAUGACCGUAACCUGCCGCCGCCACACGACCGUAACCUGCCGCCGCCUCACGACCAUAACCUGCCGACGCCUCACGACCGUAACCUGCCGCCGCCACACCACGACCGUAACCUGCCGCCGCCACAAAAUAUGCUCCUGCCGCCUCACGACCAUAACCUGCCGCCGCCUCACGACCAUAACCUGCCGCCGCCUCACGACCGUAACCUGCCGCCGCCUCAUGACCAUAACCUGCAGCCGCCUCAUGACCAUAACCUGCAGCCGCCUCACGACCAUAACCUGCCGCCGCCUCAUGACCGUAACCUGCCGCCGCCUCACGACCGUAACCUGCCGCCGCCUCAUGACCGUAACCUGCCGCCGCCACACGACCGUAACCUGCCGCCGCCUCACGACCAUAACCUGCCGACGCCUCACGACCGUAACCUGCCGCCGCCACACCACGACCGUAACCUGCCGCCGCCACAAAAUAUGCUCCUGGUCUUAGACUAUUGUUGA